AUGGAGACGGGCAUGGAGAGGAGACCUGCAUCCGCAGCCGCGCCUCAGGGUGGCCAGAGACAACCAAAGACCCGGACGCGAAUCACAACAGCCUGCACGAGGUGUCAGAAGCGGAAAAUCCGUUGUGAUGCCCUGUCCCCCGCAUGCAGCGCUUGCCAGCGAGCAGGUGUGCCAUGCGUAGGUGGAGGGACAUCGAGAGAGUUUCCACGCAGUUAUGUCAACGACCUAGAAGCUCGAAUCAGGUGGUUAGAGUCCAUUGUCCAGGAGCACGCCCCAGAUGUCGACUUAAGCGCCGGGCCCGGUCGUUCACCUAGCACCGAAGGCGGCAAUCCAUCCAGAGAUCUGCAGGCCACGCAGCAGGGUCAGCAAGCCGGAGACAACCAGUCUCCCGGCAAGAUAACAGAUCAACUUGGCCUCAUAUCCCUCACCAGUGGUACAGAUCUCCGUUUCCUGGGCCCGUCUAGCGGCCUCUUCUUCACCAAGUUUGUCCUGGCCGGGCUUGGGAAGCGACUCCAUGUCGACAAGGAGUCUGCUCCAGACACAGCAACCGACAAUCUGGCCAUCCCUUCUGACCUCCUAGUUCCACAGCCAAAAGAACUGCCUUCCGAUCACAAACAUGCAAGGUGGCUAUCUCAGGCCUACUUCAACGUGGUUCACCUUCAGUUUCCGUUUCUACACGAGCCCACAUAUUGGGAAAUCAUCGACAAGAUCUACAACGAUGUCGAGGUAGGCGCGGUGGCAGAGUUCCAGGUGUUCAUGGUUCUCGCAAUAGGGGCAACCAUACUCUCACGCCGGACAAGAGUCGCCUUAUCACCCGAGGGUUACUACGCCUCGGCCAUGAACCUCGUGGCUGGUGCCAUCAACAUGCCAUCAGUGAGCUGCGUGCAAUGCACUCUGCUUCUACAAAUGUACGCUCUCAACAACCCGACGUCUGGCCUGAGCCUAUGGACGCUUCAUCACCACGGACUCGCGAUGGUGAUCGAGCUUGGUCUUCACCGGAAUGUGCCGGAGAGCAAUUUCACCCCCUUUGAAAGAGAGAUUCGCCGUCGGAUCUUUUGGUCCACAUACACGAUUGACCGGCUGCUGAGUACUUUGAUGGGGCGACCGAUGGGUGUAGUAGAUGAGCAGUGCGAUCUCAAUUAUCCGGCAGACGUCGACGAUAGCCAGCUCAAGACAGAGCACCCCAAACCCCGCCAAGGCGACGAACCGCUCACCAACAUGAGCAGUGCCAUCCAUCUCUUCAAACUUGCGAGGCUCAACAGCGAGAUCAAGUGCGUCCUGUACUGCGCCGACCGGGAAUAUCCGCCAUACACACAGCCCGUAAUCACUGAUACUGAGAGCUGGAGGGUCGACUUUUUGAACCGGCUGCGACAAUGGAGACAAGAUAUACCGCGGCAUGGGGAAGCGAGUCCACGGCACUAUCUCAACCUCUGGUGCGAAAUCAAGUAUCACGAGGUACUCAUGCUCAUUCUCCGACCGAACCCGCGCUUCCACAAUCCUGACAAGGCGACCAUUCGCGAGUGCUUCUCCAGUGCCAUGGCCUGCAGCGAGCUCUACCACCGACUAUACAUGACCAACAUGCUCCAUUACGGCUGGAUGAGCGUCCAUUCACUUUUCUUGUCCGUCAUGGUCAUGUUUUACUGCGUCUGCACACCUCGGGGUAUCGCCGACGAAGCGGAUUUUGACGCCCUGAUGCGAGCUUUGAAGGUGUCGUCAGACAUUCUCAGCGCCAUGGGAGAGUACUGGCCAGAGGCAAAGAAAAGCCGGGAUGUGCUCGACCGUGUUUCAACAGCUACAAUACGACGAUUCACUCAGAACUUGAAGGCGGCACGAAACAACUCAAUAGCCCCAGAUUCACAGGCAUCCGUGAACCCGUCGUCACUUCUCGGCUCCAACCACGCCGCUGAUUGGACCAGUAUCGACUUGUCUUCAAACAGUGUUCCGUCUCUCCAGUUUGAGGACACCAACGUGGUCGAUGUUCCCUUUGGUCUUGGCUACGAGGCCCUGGAACAGUCCUUCACGUCUGCAGAUAUUCUAUCUCAUUUCUUCGGCUCUGGUACAGAUGUGAUGAUGGGAGGAGCUUAUGACUUUGAACAUGCCAGGGACAGAGACACGGACGAGUCAUUUGGCGAGCGUCUGCAGGAUUUUGGGCAUCCUUACUAG